AUGCAAUACUAAGAAUUAUAUGAAGGUUAUGAGAGGAUAAAUUGUAUGGAUUUCUAUGAGGAUUCCUCAAUGUUCCAAUAUGAUACUGAAUCAUAGUGCAGCCAAAAUAUGCUGUUCCCCCACAAAAGAGAAUUCCAUAAAAAAUCUCCUUCUUUACUGUCAUACAAUACAAAUCCAAAUGAAGACAUAGUUAUUGAGGAUACUCCUGUGAACCAUUUAGCAAAUGAUGUUCAGAACACAAAAGAAAGAUUUUAAGGAGCAAGAUCAGUAAACCAAUCUGUAAAAUACUUCCAGUUCUCUGAAAAAUACCCAAAGCAUACUACUUUACAGCUGGGAUAAGGAGUAGGAAAGGAUUUCAAAGGUAAAAUUGAAGGAAUAUCUUCCAAAGAAUUGAAGUAGAGACGCAGAUACAUGUUGCUAGAGAAUGACUAUGUUUAGGAGAGCUUCUCCUGCAUCAAUAUCAGCCAGUGUGAUGUCCUAUUCAGUUCUUUAAAUAUGUUUGCUGGUAUUUCAGUCUUAUUUACCCAGCACUACAUUAUGUUUUAUCUGGACAUGUAUCUUUGCUUUAACUUGUUUGUAAAAGCUGGCAAUACAGAAUUAUUUUUCGCUAAGUUCUCAAUAUUCGGAGCAUAUGUUCUUGCAAUCAGUAUUUAACUUUUAAAACUAAAGAACAGAUAAUGUGCUUAAAAUAUCUGCAGAAGAGUAAACCUUAGCUUGAUAUUUGAGAUUGCAGUGUUCACAUCAUUUGCAUUUUUGCCUAAGUUGGAGAAUAAUUACAAUCUAUUGCCCUAAAAUUAUGCUUUUGUUUAUUAGGUACUACUAAUGGCAAGUGCUAGAUAUGUGCUAUCAAAUUUAGAUGACACUUUGGAUUCAUUCUAAAGAUAAUAAGUAGUAAAAUCAGAUUUCUUUCAUUAAGAAAAGGCCUAACUAGAAUCUUAAAAGUUAAUCUUGAAUGUUAGGUCGUUUGCUAUGGUAAUAGCAGCAGUAAGUGUAGGUAUUUUAUUUAAUCAAAGUAAAGAACCAGUCAACGAAUAGGUAUAUCUUAAUUUGAUUCUACUCCUAUCAGCAUCAUUUACUACUUUUAAUUUCCUCACUAAAUGA